GGGGCUACCGCCAAAACCGAAAUUCGUCAAUUGCGGGGAUCUUUCUCUUUUACUCUCAUUAAGACGUAAUUAGAGUGACAGAGAAAAAUGCCCGCAUUUGACGAACUUCGAUUUUCGCGGUUAUAGCCCAGUCGUCAACAAAACAAAUCGUUGACUUUUUUGCAUUCGCUUUUCAAGUUUUCAAUUUCAAACAGUCUUCUUCUAAUUUUAAUGCUAAAAGUGCUAAAUUCGUUUCGACGCCGUAACCGUAGACCGUAGGUAUAUUACUGUGUGGCUUGAUUUCCUCUGUAUCGCGGGAGAAAAUCCACGGCAACAAAAUGAGAGACAUCAGCAAGGAAGAACUCGAAAAAGAGAUCCCAAAGAUCCUUGAAAAUGCCAACCUGGCAAACACAACGAUGAAGAAGGUGCGUCAGAAGCUGGAAGACAGCUUCGACUGUGACCUGAUGGAUAAGAGGAUUCUCAUUGACCAACUGGUCAUGAAGUAUCUCAACAGCAAAGAUAAUGAUGGCCCCGCAAAGGAGGAGAUUUUGCUAACCCAUACUGCAGCCACUGCAGAAAGUGUGAAGGCUCCUGUUCUUGAACAGGCCGCUUCACUGACACCAGCAGCUCAAGAAGUGGAAAUACCUGUCCGGGAAGCGUCACCACCACAGCCAGCUUGGCCAGGUCAAGAACCAGAGGCAUCCCAGCGAGUCACAUUAAACCGACAAACAAGGAAAAGAAAGACCUGUUGGACUUGUAAGCGGCCUGCUAGAGAGCCUGCAGCUGUCAUAGCUGCGGUGGAAAUCAAGUGCAGACAAGAGCUGCACCAAAUCCAGAUGGAAAAUGAAGAGAGAAGAAAGGAGAAUGAAGAGAGAAUCAAAGAGAAUGAAGAGAGGAGAAAAAGAAAUCUUGAGUUGAAGGAACGAUUACUUUUAACCAAACUUGACUAUUUUAAAAGAGAAAAUAAUUUGGAUUAGUGUAAUUUGGUUAUAAGUAAUUGUAAGCAACACAAGAGUUCUUUGUCUCCUCUCUUUUUCUGUCUCUUAUUUUCUUUUUGUAUUUUGUGUUAUAUAAGUAAAAAAAUUACCUUGCUUAUUCAAAAUGGCGAUGAAUAAAAGCUCUAAGUUGGGUUAGAUGCUUUGUGUAGAAAUUUCCAUGAAGUAACACUUUGUAUCGUUUAAUAUUAAUAAUAUUAUUCCUUGUGACAAAUAGGUUUAAAUUCGUAUGAUUAACGCUAAAUAGUGUAAUAGGGUAUUC